CAGAGUUGUAGAGGUUAUAUAUCACACAAUGGAAUUACCUUGGGACGGGGCACGCACUGUAUGUCGAGAAAACGGUGGAGAUCUGGCAAAACUUGAGGAUUUGACGUUCUCGGAACUUAUUAAGCGCUAUGAAGAGGAAAGCGACAUAGAUGAAAAUAUAUUUCUUUAUAAAGACUACUGGGUAGGCCUGCGUGGUGACGGAAACGAUAACUUCUUCUGGGUAUUUGACUGUACCUUACUCCAGAACAGCAUAGAUUUUAACCUUACCUCAAUAGGUAAUAACAAUAAUUGCUUCCUACGACACGCCGGAGGUCUGCGCACCGGGAAAAGAGUUCAGUGCUCCGUGAAAAAGCCAUUUGUUUGUCAGAGAUAUACCGACGAAAUGUGCAAGGUUGACGAUGUGUUUAUGGCAGAUAUCUCAAACAUUCUAACGACGAUUACAUACGAUGAGUGCAUGGACUAUUGUAUAUACGAUACCUCGUGCACAGAUAUUAUCUUUAUUGCAAACAGCUCUUGCUAUCUUCUACAGACUUCACCAUUAUACAGUGGUGAAAUGCAGAUAGCGUCCAAAUCUUGUAUCAGAGUAUCUAUCAACGAAACAAUGAUAACUACAAUCGCGGAAACUACAAAGAACUUCUGCAAUGUAACAUUGGCAAUUCAGAGUUCAAGUCCCACAAGUUAUAUUACACAAUCCACGGCGGUGUCCUCUGAGUUGCAAAUAUCUUCAACGGUCUCCUCGCUACUAGAAACGUCCAACUGGUUACAGUCAUCACAGUGUGUUACUAUAACAGAAACAGAAGUAAUUUCUUUACCAUGUGAGUCUACGCUACCAUCUACGUCACCAACACCAUCCAUAACACAAUCUACAAGUUUCGCGUCACUCACUCCUUCGUCAUUCGGAACCCCAUUUAGUGCUUCGGAAACAAUUCUUAUAUCGUCUGCUGAAACAGAUGAUCUGGAAGUACAGACAUUACAAGAGAUUGAUGGGCUAGUCGUAACCAAAGUGAGACAAUAA